AUGGAGUCUCCGAGCGGGUGGCUCGCCGCCUUCGCGGCGGUCGUUCUGGCGCUGCUUCUGGGCGGCCUGGGCGCCCUUUUGCUGGUGGCGGUGCGCAGCGGGCAGGAGCAGGCCAAGCGGGAAGAGGGGGGAGGGGAGGAUGUCCCCACGGAAGGCUCAGGUGGUGGAGGCGCGCGGGAGCGAGGGCGUGCAAACGCGGCACGAAGCCGUUUGCGUGAAAGGCUUCGACAGAGGAGGCAAAGGGCGCGGGAUGACAGUGAUGGUGAGCAGGAGGACGGCCAUGGCGAUGAUGGUGGAGAGCCCCAAGCGCGUGUACCCUCGACACGAGAAGAGAGGAUCGCUGAACGCCGAAGGGCAGAGCGAGAGGCGCGAGAGGAAGAACGCGAAGCAGAAAGAGUAGCAAGAGAGACAAAAGAGCAAAAACGCAGUGCUUAUGAGGAACGCCGGGCUCAACGGGAGGAAGAAGCAGAGGAGCGAGAAAGGUUAGAAGAGGAGGAAAGGCAAAGAGCGGCAGAAGAGAGGAGAAAACGAGACGAAGAGGAGGCAGCAAAGUGGUCAGAGUUCAUUUCCAUUGAGAAGGCUGGAGAGGCAAUGGGCCAGGAAGAGGAGGGUCUGUUGGCCAAGUUUGUGGAAACCAUCAAGGAACGGAAGACUGUCGUGUUGGAGGAGCUUGCUUUAGAGUUCCAGAUGCGCACCCAAGAGGUCAUCCAACGUGUGCAGGAUUUGGAGAAGAUGGGCAGGAUAACUGGAGUGAUGGACGACAGGGGAAAGUUCAUUUACAUUUCCCGGGAAGAGAUGCAGAGCGUGGCCAACUUCAUCAAGUCAAAGGGACGUGUUGCCAUAUCGGAACUGGCUCGCCGGAGCAAUGCCUUCAUCGACUUGGAGACGAAAGCGGCGCAGGGGACAACAGGCGUGGAACUGGACUUGCAGGAGCUGUGUGGCGACCCUGGGAGUGUGCAAGUGGCAGCAUGA